AUGAAGACAGUUCCCAGCAUCGUUCUACGGUUGGUUAGGGAGGGCUCAAGGCUAACAUCACACGUUGUCUCUCAUGGUGUUUGGAAGGAGUUCAACGAGUUCGGCGAUGCCAAUGCUGUCCACGAGGAAGUAGAAGGUUACGUCGAUCCGGAGAUCGAUAAUGCGAUUUACGAAGAAAAGUACCUAAGGGCGAUCGCAAUUCUCAAGGACAGAAGUGAUGCUCUACAACCGAGUACAUCUACAGGCAUUACGAAUGGCAGCAACGGUCUGCAUUCCAACAACGACGCAAUUGUCAAUUUGCUGCAACAAAACCAACAACUAUUUGAGCGACUGGCUGCAAAUCAGGCUAGUUCGAGCACGCCGGUUCAAGUUGGUGGUGACGUCACUUUGGCGAAUUUAAGUUCGGUAUUCGCGGCGAAUUCUAAUCAGAGCGAAUUGCCAAAAAUUCAAAUCAAGCGGUUCUCUGGCAACUACACAGAGUGGCCCUCCUUUAAAGACAUCUAUGAAAACACAAUUCAUAACAAGCAACAUUUGUCCAACACACAGAAGUUCCAUCACUUGAAAACACUUCUUGUUGAUGAGGCUGCCAACUUGGUACGGCACUUGGCCAUUACGGAGACUGCUUACAACACAGCUUGGGAACGUCUUAAGGAGAGGUACAAUCAUCCACGGCACAUUGUAAACUCAUUUUUGGAGCAGUUUAUGAGCCUACCAACAACUACAAAGGUAGAUGCAUCAAUUCUACGAAAGGUGUCAGACGGAGCAAACGAAAUUAUUCGCGGAUUGGAUGCGGUCAACCAGAUGGGACGCGAUUGCUGGAUUAUCUAUCUGGCCCUGGAGAAACUUAACGCUGACACGCGGCGCAGGUGGAUUGAGCGCAGCAUGGACACGGAUUCACCAACUCUCGAGGAAUUCUUCAAGUUUCUCGAUUCUCGUUGCGAGGAACUGGAGCUGAGUAAAAGGGAGCUUGCUACUGGUGGCAAAACAACAACACAUGCAGAAAAACCAAAAAGGGUCACACAAUCGAUGGUUGCGGUCGAAGGCAGUGGCUGCACCAAAUGUAAUUCUACAGAACACACUCUGUACAGCUGUCAGCAGUUCUUGGAUAUGUCCGGGAUGCAGAGGCGAUCCUUCGUAAAGGAGAAAUCACUGUGCUACAACUGCUUGCGACCUGGUCAUGGGGUCAGCAAGAGCAAGUCGACAUACAAAUGUAGGCAAUGCAAGGGAAAUCAUCACUCCCUUCUUCAUGUCCAAGCGAAUCCACAGGCUAUUGGGAAUCUUGCCCAGAUAGCAGGGGAGGACGAGCGAAACACAAGCGCGUCCAACAACACAUCGGUGACUCUCAGUCAUUUCGCCCAAGGAGAGGGCACUCAAUCGGUUGUAUGUGCACAGGGCACUGCAAAAUCUGCACAGGAAUCGGAAGUUAAGCGAAGCAUAUUAACAACUGCCAUGGUUUAUGUUCAAAACGCAAAAGGUGACCACGUAACAUGCCGUCUCUUAUUGGACACGGGCUCAGAGCUUUCCUACGUAUCCGAGCGUUGCAUCCAAGCACUCGGAUUGACACGGUCGGCAUCACGCAUCUUGGUUACCGGAAUCUCUUCGGUGAAAGCAGACACGACCAGGGGAUGCAGCACCUUGCAUAUCAAGUCUCGUAUCUCCGAGGAUCAGUUGGUUGUCUACGCGCACGUGCUAGGCAGGAUCACUUCUUCGCUGGAAAGGCAAAACAUCGAUGCAUCGGCGCUCAAGGUUUUCAAGGAUCUGCAGUUGGCGGAUACUGAAUUCAACACAAACUCACCUGUUGACAUUCUAUUGGGCAGCGAACACGUAUGGUCAGUGUUUACAGGACGAAAGAUGUUCGACAACAAGGUGGACAUAGGUGCCACGCUUCAGAAGUUUUGGGAACUAGAAAACGUUCAAAGCAGCGCAAAAUUGGAACCGGAGGAUGAUCAAGUGGAGAAGCAUUUUCUCGCCACUCACAGUCGCGAUGUAAACGGAAAGCAUAUCGUGGAACUUCCAUUCAACACUGAAAACCCCGAAUUCGGAGGAACUCUACAAGGAGCGCUCAAACGCUUUAAAUCGGCUGAGCGGCGGCUGCAACAGAACGAGCAGCUGCGGCCCAGUAUCCAGCGCGAUCUAUUCGCUGUGUGCCUUCGUUUUCGAAUGUACAAAUUUGCAUUCUCAGCGGACAUCGUAAAAAUGUUCCGCCAGAUAUGGGUCAACGAAAAGCACAGAAACUUCCAGAAAAUCGUUUGGAGAGAAGAUCCAUCCGAUCCCAUCAAGCAUUUCCAAUUGUGCACGGUAACCUACGGAACUUCGUGCGCGCCAUUCCUGGCGGUGCGAGUGCUGGAACAACUUGCUAUCGAUCAUCAAGAGGAAUACCCAAAUGCGUCGAAAAUCCUGCUGGAGGAUUUUUAUGUCGAUGAUGUUCUUACUGGGUCAAACAGUGAGGAUGAGCUACUUCGAAACCGAAACGAGCUGGUUGAGCUGAUGUCUCGCGCCAACCUUGAACUCGGAAAAUGGGUAUCGAAUACGCCAUGUAUACAAACGGAUAAUAGCGACACACAAUCUGCACAAAUUUCACCAGUGAAGGUUCUCGGACUGUACUGGCAUCCUGGAAACGACGUUCUAACGUACAACGUCGGUCUUGCUGCAAAUCCUGAUUGCACAAAGAGACAAGUCUUGUCCGACGUCUCGAGGAUAUUUGAUCCUCUCGGACUCUUGGCACCCAUUGUCAUUCAAUUCAAAAUCCUUUUCCAAAAGCUCUGGCUCUUGAAUUUGGAUUGGGAUGACCCACUCCCAACUAAACUGGCGGACAACUGGCUGAAGUGGAGAGCAGAUCUGGACACUCUUCAAAAAUUCCGACUACCACGAUUUGUUCACAACGACCCGGACAACAUCGAACUCCACGGAUUUUCGGAUGCUUCAACCAAGGCGUAUGCUGCUGUGGUGUACAGCAGAGUUACAAAUGACGAUGGAUCCAUCUCGGUGUCCAUUGUGGCUGCGAAAACAAGGGUGGCUCCACUGAAACAACAAUCCUUGCCACGUCUGGAACUUUGCGCAGCACUUCUCCUCAGCCAACUGAUUCGCUCAAUCACAUCUGGAUUACGCCACAAGAACAUAACUGUUUUUGGCUGGUCCGACUCAUCAAUAGUGCUCUCCUGGCUAUCGUAUGCGCCAGCCCAACUCAAGACAUUUGUUGGAAACAGAACCUCGGAAAUCCUUGACACCAUUCCAAGGAGCGCUUGGCGUCACGUCGAUUCCAAAACAAACCCAGCUGACUGUGCGUCCAGGGGAUUGAUGGCUGCUGAUCUCAUCGACUUCCAUUUGUGGUGGAAUGGGCCUCAAUGGCUACGGGACAAGGAUCAGUACCUGGUAAAGUUAAAUGAUUCACGGUUCGGUUUAUCUCUUACAGACAAACGCAUUCAAGGAGAAGUCAAAUCCAACUGUUUGGCUACAUUGACAGAAGCAACCCAGAUUCAUCUACUUGAUGAACUAAUCGAACGAGUCUCUUCUUGGAUCAAGCUCGUACACAUUGUCGGCUACGUGAUGCGGUUUAUUCAACGUACUCGAAAUCCAUCUCGCGAAAAGGUAUCCGGAGCACUCUCAUUUGACGAGAUCAAAGCGGCAAGGAUUCUUUGCAUAAAGCACGCACAAGGGUGUUUCAAAGACGAUUACCAACUACUCCUCGGUAAAAAACCCCUCAAGAACCGAUCACAGCUGGUCAAACUGGCACCCAUAAUCGACGAAAACGAUUUGCUAAGGGUAGGCGAACGACUGCAUCACUCGCAGUUGUCAAGGGAUGCAAAACACCCAGUUUUGCUACCGAAAACACAUCGCAUAUCAAAGCUAAUUCUGGAACAUGAGCACCGAGUGAACCACCACCCUGGAGUUUCCUCACUUUUUGUUAUUGUUCGGCAAAAAUUCUGGAUAUUUGGAGCACGGAAUCUAAUUCGGAAGAUAACACACGACUGUUUAGCUUGCUUUCGUCAACGCUCCCACACAUCUCAGCAACAAAUGGCUAAUUUACCCAGCGUACGCAUUACUCAAGCGCUUCCAUUUAUACAUACUGGUUGCGACUAUGCAGGUCCAAUCCUUCUGAAGGAUGCAAAGGUUCGGAAGCCACGUAUCAGCAAGGGUUACAUAUGCCUAUUUGUGUGCAUGGUCACCUCGGCCAUCCACCUGGAACUUGCAACAGACCUGACCACAGAAACUUUCUUGGCUGCCUUGCGGCGCUUCAUAUCCUUACGUGGCAAGUGCAGUAAGAUCUACAGUGACAAUGGCACAAACUUUAUUGGAGCUAAGCGAUCCCUCGACGAGAUGCAAGAAUUGCUUUCUUCACAAACACACAAGGACACCGUUUCUAGCACACUAGCGGAUGAUGGUAUCCAAUGGGUACUUAUUCCCCCGAGAGCCCCUCACUGGGGAGGGAAAUGGGCGUCGGCAGUUCGUUGUGUCAAGCUACAUCUGCGCAGAAUCACCGGAAACUCAACGCUCACCUUUGAACAGAUGCGCACACUACUUGUUCAAAUAAGCGCAGUGAUAAAUUCACGCCCCUUGUGUCACACACCGGAUACGGAAACCAACUACCUAUCACCCGCUCACUUCUUGAUCGGGCGACCUUUGACCACAGUGCCAGAUCCCGAUUUGAGCCACAUCCCAGUGGGCCGAUUAGGAUAUUGGCAAAGCAUCCAGUCUAUGCUUCAAGGAUUCUGGAAAAAAUGGCAUCAGGAGUAUCUGACUACUUUGCAGCAACGUCCAAAAUGGACUACCUCAACACCCAACAUCUCCAUCGGUAACGUUGUGCUCGUAAAAGAGUCCAAUUCACCACCGGCAUCCUGGCACAUCGCACGGGUUAUGGAAACCUAUCCAGGAAAGGACGACCUCGUUCGAGCAGUCAAACUGAAGACCCAGGCAGGAGAGAUGACCAGACCGAUCACGAAAGUUGCUGUAUUGCCCCAUUCAGAAAAGGUGUUUCAGGGCGGGCCGGGAUGUUCGUGA